AUGGCGACCUUGGCCUUCUCCUUUUCCAUGGUCUUCGCAGUCUUUCCAUUAGUGGGUGACCGAGCUGCAGCAAGCGGAUCUGUCGCGGUUGCAGUUAGGUCCAUGAGGGCCGUGGUGAGGACCAGCAUUACGUUUAGCGUUUGCAUCUACUUGCUAGUUGGCUUGACUGGGGCCUUCGCCUUCAGCAGCCAAAUCAGGAAGCUCGCCUUGCAGAAUCUCCCGCUGCAGAACGUGCUUCCACAGCUCACGUUUACCGUGGUGGGAGUCUGCUCGCUGCUCUUGGUGGCCAUCGUAGCCUUCCCGUGCAUCGAGUCCCUCGCGCUCUGCCAUCACCUGGCGUGGCCUGCGAGCCGCAGGGACGCUCGCGCCGCGAUUGUGGCUUGCGUCGCGAUCAUGUCAGUGCUGACUGAUGCCUUCAUCGACACCAAGAUCGCCUUUGCACUCACAGGUGCCUUGGGGUUGUCGCUUGCGGCAUAUGUUAUGCCUGCAUUGCUCUACCUGCGGCUUCGCGGUUCAAGCGGUGGCAGGUGGAGGUCUUUCAGUGCUUACAUCCUGCUGUUGUUUGGCGGGGUGGUACUCUUGGGCGGAACCCCUGCAACCGUCGUGGCAGCUAUGCAAAAGCCGGGCAGCAGCCCAGGGACCUUGUCCGAUUUGGUGUGCCCGCAGGCCUUCAAGCUGUGA